CUUCGGUCGGAAAGCCUCGGGCACUUUCGGUAGGUCGCCGUGUCUCGCUCGAUCCGCUGUCAGUGUGCACGCUCCUUCCGCGCUAGAUGGUUGGUCAUUCCGUUGGUAACCUCUCGUUGCGUCUCCGGAAUAUCUUCGCGAAUAUCUGACACCUCGACGAUCAGCGACUCUUUCUCUCAAUUAUCGUUUUUCUCGCGUGUGCCCGCGUCCGUGUGCCGUCAUCGAAGUGAAUAAUAAUAAUAUGGGCCCGCGGGCCUCCCAGACUUUGUGUCGGGUGAUUUUCUAUCCGAACAGACGAUGGAAUCGUCGCGAUUCGACGUGAAACGCUGCGGGCACUUGGUAGCGGACGAACCGAAAGUACCGGCGGUGCGAUGUUGACGUCUUUCAGACCACAGGCGCACGUGAUGGUCGGAGCCGCCUCGGCGGGAUGGGGCGGGGGCUGGUGCCUUCCCCGCAGGCUCACGCAGCCGCUGGCCACCGGUUUCCACCGAUUCCUAGCCAGAUUCUCAGGUCGAAGACGAUCCAAGCUGUAUCUACGGAUAUACCCCCCACCCUGGUCGUUUCUAGUUCUAGUUUUAGUGUCAUCUUUAGUUAGUAUAGUAGAGGCAUGUUCGUCGCGGACGACCCCGAAACCAAGACCGCCGGCGCCCACCCCCCGCCCCAACAUCACAUUCCACACGUACGAGUGUCCCCCCGCGUACGCCACCUGGUUCUGCUUGAACGGCGCUACCUGUUUCACGGUCAAGAUAGGGGAUUCGCUGCUCUACAAUUGCGAGUGUGCAGAAGGGUACAUGGGAUCUAGGUGCGAGUACAAAGACCUAGACGGAUCUUAUAUGCCUUCCCAGAGGCGAUUCAUGUUGGAAACGGCGUCUAUCGCGGGCGGCGCCACCAUCGCCGUCUUCUCGGUGGUGAUCCUCUGCGUCGCUGCGUACCUGCACUGGCGCAAGCGCCAGAAAAGUCCGACCCCUGACAACGCGGAAGUGGCGAAAGUCCCGGGGAUGGGGCGCGGUGAGGGCUGCGCAGGCAGGCCGACGUCGGUCCAAGUGACGGACGCCGCCCCCCCGCAGGACAGGGGCGACCACCACAACCACCGCCACCAUCAUCACCAGGACACGCCGCCGCCCCUGCGACCGGCAGCACCCCCGUGGGGCGUUUGAGAUCCGCCCCAUCCCUCCCAGGAGAGAGUUCCUAUUGUUUGCGUUUCGCGCGCUUUCCGUCGAGAAGGUGGGGGCAAAAACUGUGCUUAGUGAUAUACGUGUAGACUAAAUUAUAACGAGAGAAAUAAAAAGUAAUCAAUUCACUUUGUUAUACGCAGCUUCUGCUAUGUACCCCUACGUGUGUAUUAUUUUUUUAAAAUUUUGUCAAUUCGAUUUGGCAGCUUUGCGGGAUUUCCCGAGCCGGCGUUAACAUUUUAUUUAUUUAUAUUUUACGUGUUUAUCUUCUCCCCCCCUCCUGUGACCUUUAUAUAUAUAUAUUUUUUACUUUUCCAAAAUGUGUAAUCGAAUGAGAUCCGUCCCUCUUCCACGGGGGGGCCCGCAAGUCUGAUGUAUUUAAGUCUGAGCCCCUUAAGUUUAAACCAGUAAGUUAUUGAUUCUUUUUUCCCUUGUAAAUAAGUACCUAAUCGCAGGUAUUUUUUUAGCAAAAAAAAAACGGUUAAUGCAGACAUGUAAAUUUUGUGCAGUUCGAUUAUAUUAUUGUUUUUUUUUUAAUUAUUAUUAUUACGUCAAUCGCACUCUUUUACCUUGACGUAGUAAGGUAACGUGUUACAUUCCCGGAUGUAGUUUUUCAAGUUUGAUCAAAGCCUCGCCGACAUUUUUGUUAAUUAUUGUUAACUUGUUAUUUUUAUUUGUAUGCGCCCCGGGUGGCGAAUUUAUUCGCUUUGAAACAGGCCGGCUGGGGGCGCGGCGGCGGAGGGGAACUGUCGCCGCUCGAAAGCGAAUGAAACCCCCACCCGAGGGUACGAAUAUAUAAAUAUAUAUAUAUAAAUUAUAUUUUCUUGUAUAAAUGUAGAUACGCAGUAAUUUUUUUAUUCCAAUAAUAAAUGCACGGGCAUUUAGGAUUAUUGGCAAUAACCUAUUCGUAUUAAUUGUAAUUUAGAUAUUAUAAAGCACCUCGUUCCUAAUUUAUUGCGAUACCUUACAAGUUAGGGGCCUUUCUCCUAAGAUUUAUGUUCACGCUUUAACCGCAAAUAUCGCAUUUUUCCGUUAAGUUGUUUUUUUCAGUAAAUGUCAAAUUUAAAUUGAUUUUUUCUAAUGAAAGCCCUUAAAGACGACACAAACAAUUAAAAAAACACUGAGAAACCUUUACUUAAUGCGAUAUAGGUCCCGCAAAAAUAUUUACCUUCUUUUCUUCAGUAAAUGUCAAAUGCUGAAGAAUAAAGACAACCGUAACUAAUCGCACUGGUUUCGUUCUCACACAUGCUAUCUCAGGAUUUGAAAAGCGCUUUUGAUUCAGAAUUUUCUUGGUCUUAGUUUUUUUAGUCUUUAAAUUGUUCUGAUCUUAAUCAGAAAAAUAUUUUACAUUUGCCGACGUUGGUAACUAUUGUGGCGAUAUUUGUGGUUUGGCGGUGUAAAAAAAGCGCUCCAACAAACCAAAGCCCUUCAAGUAUUUUCUUUUUCUUCUACAAGUCCAUUGCGACUGCUUCGUCGACCAGGAUUGGUCAAUUUUUUUUGCGAGAAAUAUAAGAAAAUCACAUUAUCGGCGUCAAAUUUUAAAACUAUUUGUAAAAAAAGCCAUUGAACGGGUAAGUCCAUGUUGUUCUUUUUUUUUCAAUCAAAAUAAACAGUCUCGCUUCAUUUUUCCACUAUCAAAAUGACAAAAAGAAAGAUAUUUUUUGUUUUUUUUUUCAUUCUCAGAAUAACUCAACACCUAAAUGUAUACUUUUUGUUCGAUUAUUACAGACAGUAAUUGCAAAAGAAAGAACGAUGUCGGACUUUAUUACCCAGACGAUUCUAGUUUCUCGAUUCAAAAACUAACGAUUCCACGGCUUUCAAACAUAUUAACAGAAUUCAUUGUUUUAUCAACCAGUUUACGUCACGCCAGCGAGAGACGUAGUUUUAACUCACACGGUAUCAUAUAUUUUUUUUAUGUAGAUUUGUCUCUUCCGAACCCUAUUGUGUACAUAGAUGAGUUUCCCCAACAAAAAACCUUAGAAUAUUUGUUUAUUAUUUCCACGUAAUUGUAAUAAAUAAUUUAA